UUGGUGGUAAUAUGUGGAUCAAACCAGAAGAAUCCCAGGUAUGAGAGACGUCCAUAUUUGUACAGAGGAGACUAACAAGUCAUUGGUGUCUUUGUGUGCCCCAGGUGGGAUCCAGUAGGAGCCCUUACCUGCCACCUGUGGGCCACGUCUGCACGAUAUCUGGUGGUUUUUAAAAAGUGCCAGCAAAACAAAAAGAAAGACAAAAAGAGAAAAACGGACCGAAGUUUGAACACACCACCAUACACUCCUAGUUUGACUGAAUGGAUGGUGUGUGUUUUCGUUCCGAGGUCUCUGUUUACUUUACCUUAAACAACAUAAAACAGUCCUGGUCCUUGGGGUUUUACACCAAUGUUUUUACAUCCCCCUGCCGCCCCCCGCCCUCGUCUGUCACACACACGCUGAGGCACGCGCGGUAUCACGUGGACGCGCAUCAACAGCGGACACGUUAACAAAUAAAUCCCUUACAGUUAAUCGGUAACGGUGCUUCUUUUUAGCCUCCGAUAAAACCGGUGCAUGGACUGAAAUAAACUGCGUGUUGUCAAGACAUUCGGUCAAAGCUUUAUACAAUCGUGCCCGUCAUUUUUGUCAUGCACACGCGUUAUCGGACACGCGCCUGGGUCGCGGUCUCGCCAGAAGAGGGCACUUCUGUGUUUCUGUGACAAAGUUCUGACGUGAUGGACGACUGUAGUCUCGGAUCUCCAAGUGAGGAGGUUCUGCAGGAUCUGGACUGAGAGCGCGGAUCCAGACUCAGACUGGAUUGAAGGGUCCAGACCCUGAGAAGGAUUCGGAUCGAAGAACGGAUGCGAGGAUUUGUGACGCGCUUGGAAAAAUCCUGCUUACUUUUGCGUGUGCGCCACAUGCGCGGAUUGUGCUGCGGGUUUUUCUGGUGGACCAGGAUCUAAAAUUCCUACCCUGCUUCUUCUGGUCCUUUUUAAAAAAAAAAAAAAAAAAUCAGGAUUCUGCAGAAGCUCAGCUCCUGACAUGAACGACGUUGACGCGUUUUUCUCUUCUGCGCUUUUUCACUGCAGCAGCGUGUCAGAAGUGUGUGAAGGCAUGGAGUAAAAAACCCGGAUCCUUCCCUGGAAUCUGGACCUGGAAGGACCCGAGGUUCGCCUGUGUCUCAGCAGCCAGACUAAAGCGGUGACUGAAAAGCCGAUGUUCUGCGCCGGGUCUAGACGGCAGCUCUGUGUGGACACUGCUUGAUCAGGACCGGUUCGUGGCUGCGCUGGGUCUGGAGUCGUGUGUGGGCUCUGGUGGGUUUGGACCGGUGUUUGGACUGCGCGUCAUGCGGACUGUAGUGUGUUGAAGCUGAGGCUGGAGCAGACAAACCUGCGGACAUGGGAUCUGCUCUGCGGCAUCGCUGGCUCCUGGUCCAACUCCUGAUGCAGGUGUGGUUGGCUGCGAGUCCAUCUCUUAGUGAGCGUCCAUGUCCUAAAAGCUGUCGCUGUGAUGGAAAGAUCGUCUACUGUGAGUCCAGCGCCUUCCGUGACGUCCCCAAGAACUUGUCUGGAGGCUGUGAAGGUCUUUCGUUACGGUAUAACAGUUUGGCCAGUCUACGAGCCGGACAAUUUUUGGGCCUCAAUCAUCUCAUCUGGCUCUACCUGGACCAUAAUUACAUUGCCAGUGUGGAUGGAAUGGCAUUUCAGGGAGUCCGCAGGCUCAAAGAGUUGAUCUUGAGCUCCAACAAGAUUUCAAUGCUCCACAACACCACAUUCCACCCAGUUCCUAAUUUACGGAAUCUGGACUUGUCCUAUAACAAACUGCAGGCGCUGCAACCAGGACAGUUUCAGGGUUUGAGGAAACUUCUCAGUCUCCACAUACGAUCAAACUCUCUAAAGGUCAUCCCCAUGCGUCUGUUUCAAGAUUGCAGGAAUCUGGAGUUCCUGGAUUUGGGAUACAACCGGCUGCGCAGUAUCACUCGAAAUGCUCUCUCUGGCCUUGUCAAGCUCACGGAGCUGCACCUGGAACAUAACCAGUUUUCCAAAAUCAAUUUUUCUCACUUCCCUCGUCUCUACAACCUGCGGGCUCUUUAUCUGCAGUGGAAUCGGAUCCGCUCCAUGAACCAGGGCUUGACUUGGACCUGGGCCUCCAUCCAAAAACUGGAUCUGUCUGGAAAUGAUCUGAUGGAGUUAGAUGCUAUGAUUUACCAAUGCCUGCCUAAUCUUCAAACCCUCAACCUUGAUUCCAACAAGCUGACCAACGUGUCCCAGGAGGUUGUGGACGCCUGGAUCUCAUUGACCACCAUCAGUUUGGCUGGAAAUGUCUGGGACUGUGGACCUAACAUCUGCCCCCUGGUGGCCUGGUUGAAGAAUUUUAGAGGAGCAAAAGAAACCACAAUGAUCUGUGCCUCGCCAAAGAAAGCCCAAGGUGAGAAGGUAAUGGAUGCUGUUGACGCUUUUAAGGUUUGUCAGACAAGCGCUGUGGAAACGCUGACUGGAAGUCCCACUCCAAUCCACCCCAAAGUUUCAGUGCAAACUGAGGGACACCCAGUCCUGCUGACCCUAUCUACUGGAUCUGCAAAGAGAGGAGAUGGGUCUGCAGGAGAUUCUUCAUCCUCAGCAGUCACCCCGCCUGUGGCACUUCCACCAGAACACGACCUGGAACCUGUGUCUUUCCAUAAGAUCGUAGCUGGAAGUGUCGCUCUUUUUCUGUCGGUGGCCAUGAUCCUGCUGGUGAUCUACGUGUCGUGGAAGCGUUAUCCCAGCAGUGUGAAGCAGCUGCAGGAGCAUUCAUCAGCUGCUCGAAAACGUCGCAAGAAAGCCCGAGAAACAGAACAAACCUUGAGCUCGCCACUGCAGGAGUACUAUGUGGACUAUAAACCCUCCAACUCUGAGGCCAUGGAUGUCCUGGUGAACGGCACUGGACCCUGCACCUACACCAUCUCAGGAUCCCGAGAGUGUGAGGUUCCUCACCAGAUGAGCGCGCUCACCUUCUACCGUUACGAGCAGCCUAUCGUGGACUUCUGUCAGGCCCAUCAGUCGCUGCGGUUAAACAUGGGGUAUGAGGGCCCGCCGCAGGGCCUUGAAGAACUGGGACCAUGUGACCGGGGAACGUUACAGACUGUGGCACUCCCCGCUGUGCCCCCCGCUGCCAGCAUAUCUGCCCCCAUCCCUGGCCCCCGCUCCCCUCCUCCAACGCUCAGACUUCCAACUGAAGGUCCCAGCAGCGUCCAGUUCUCGACCAUGGAGCGCAGCGGCACGCUCAAGUUUGGACGUUAGGGACAGAGCUAAACCAGGAUGAGGAUGGUGGUUUCAGAGUCAGCCUUAGUUUGAAAACUCGAGGUUGCGUUGAGAGUUUUUUCAGAAGAUGAUCACGUGACAUAGAAGCAUAAAAAUUAAAUAUAUUUCUGUCAGGAAUGAUUUGUCAGUUUGAGAAAAUAUCACAGAUUUUUUUAACAACACUUUUGUGUAAACAUGUUAGUAGUAGUUCCUCUGAGACAGCGUCAUCAGUCAUGUGACUUUUUAGUGUCCAUAUCAACAUUGUCAGGACAAAAGUCAACUUCAUUUAAGAGAAAAGUGCAAUGGACAGCAUGUGAACAGCAGGGGGCGGUUUACAGAAAUGACUGUCCUUAAAUUUAUUGUCACAAAUAGGUCUUAAGAAACGUUUUGUUUUUUUUUAUCUCUGGACAUCAGUUUAUUUCCAUGAACAUGUCGUCAAACCAAAGAGUUUUCUUCAGUUCUUCAGUUUUUUAUUUGUUUUUUUUUUUUGUAAAGUUCUAUUUGGAGAAUUUUUUUUUAUACAUGUAUGUCUUUUUGACAAGUUACAUCAUUUAAACUUAAUCUAAUAAUCCUGGAGACCACAGAUGGAGGAGCUUGUCUUUACACAUCCACCAGCAUGAAUCCAGAUUGAACGCAAACCUUAAAGGAAGUUUUCAUUUUGAUCUGAUCCUCCAUCGUUUUUCAUCUUAAUCUCAUCAUUUCAUCAUUUUUUAUCUUGAACAGCCACAGGCCGUGUACCGGGGGUUCAAUGACACGGUCCAUCACUGUUCCAUGAUCGCUACAGUCCACAGUCUGACAACAGGUCUGUGUAAAACGGUUGAUUUAAACUGAAAUGUCUCAUGAUGGAUGCUUUAAAGACAUUCAAAGCCUGGCUCGGGGGCUUUUCGUGUGGUAAAUAUGACAACAUUGAAUGCAAACACAUUGUACAUAUUCUUUAAAAAAGGCAGAUCCAGUCACUGCCCUGAAUGUAGUUCUGGAACCUUCCAGUCUAUCAUCACACUUGUCAGUCUGGACACCGACAGUCUCUGCGGCAGGGGACAGCAGGGACUGCUGGGAGCAUGAGGAACUGCACGUUGACCUCUCUGAUCUAGGUAUGAAACGGAUCUUUGAAGUGGGAAUGUUUCUCCAGAGAGGGUUCCUGUGAUCCUGGUCUCUGUCGGACGAGGUGGAAAUGAAGCGGAGCUAAUAAUAAACUUACGAUAAGACGACUGGGACGGACCAGUGUCAGGUGACUAAAACUGUGAAGCUCCUCCCAUCGUGGAUCGGAGCGUGAUCUGCAGACUAAAUGUGAUGGAACUAAGACCACAUGACUGAGGGACACUUUCUCUGCCAGAGAAUGUGUUCUUUUUGCAUCAAACCUAAAAACGGACGAUAUGUUGUUCACAGAUGAUGUCAAGAAAAUUUAAGAGUAAUUAAAGGGACUGAAUCUAAUAGAACUUAUUUAUCCUGUAAAUAGUGAAUCCUAAUUGAGAACAAAGGUAUGACGUUCUUCUGAAAUACAAACUGGAGCCUUGUUUAGUCCACAGCAGGAACCUCUCGGUGCUGAGUGGCUGCGGAGGUUCCUGCUGCAGCGCUAAUGUUCCUUCACUGAGGAAUAUUUUUCUAUCUGCUGUCUUCACCGUUUACCCACUCACAGGCCGUGGUUCCUAAGGAUUUUAAAUCCAGUCCUUUUACAUCAGGAGGAGUCUGUAAACAUGGUGUUUUUUAAUUGUGACAUUUCUUUUAAAAAGAAAGGAAUUAGAUUUUUUUUAUGUGCCACAAUUCUUUCAAAUGAUCAACAUUGUCACCAUAUGGUCAAAUGCCUCGUCCUUGCAGUGCUCCGCACAUCGAGUUUUUGCUCUGGAUGCAGUCUGGGAUUUGGCGACAAGAUAGAUUGGAACCCAGAACCUUCUUUAGGCAACCACUGCACCACUCCUGCCCCUGAUGCGUCGAUUCAAUGAGUGAGUUUUAUUUUUUUUAAGCAAUCUGAUAUUUUGGGAAAAUUCACCACAUUUAUCCAGAAAGAGCUCAGAACUGAGACACACUUGUAUAUUUUUAUGUCGAAAUGUUGGAAUCCUGCCACCGCUUCUCUUUUUAAUUAUUUUUUUCUUAUUAUUUUAUUUAUUGAUUGAUUAUAACUUGUAUCUUUGUGUGUUUGAGUUAGUGUGUGUGCGUUUACUCCCUCUGCUCAGAAGCAUCUCCAUAUCCUCCAUUCACUCCUCAGUAUGUUUUUGCGAAUCUGUUUCACAUCGGCAGGAGUCUUUAACCUUUGACCUGUGUCUGUCUGCCCAGCAGGUGUUCUUUUAUGUUGUUUUUAAGGUUGCAGCAGGACAUCGUUAACCUUUUGUUAUAAAACAGACACUCGUUUGUGUGAAACAGAAAUGAAUUGAAGUACGAAAUGAAGUACAUUCGUUAGGGACUGGUAUCAUUUUAGCAGGAAGUGUUCCGCUCAGGACAGGAAGUGCCGGAGAAAAUCAGGCUCAAGGUUAAGUAAGGGUAUUUACUGCAGUUUAUUUUUCAAUUUGUUUACAAACAAACCAGUGGAUAUGGAGAGUGCUGAUUUCUUUGUGCGUUAAUAUAAGCUGAGUUUCAGUAUUAUUUUCUUUAUUUGGUCCAUGCUGUUUUUAAAUCACUAGUUAGACCUGAUGCAUUUUUGUGGCGACCUGAUCUGAGCGUUAAAAACUACGGCUCUGUUUUUUUUGUUUGUUUGUUUUGGUUUUUUUGAGAAUAUAACUGUCAGAAAAAGUGUUUUGUAAAAAUUUUGACGAUGAUAUCAGAAAUAAAGAUGUAAAAGUUUGGAUGCGAAGUUUCAUUUCUAUUAUGUGAGUAAAUUAACUUUUCGAAAAAGGGUGUUUCUGCUUCAAAUUUCGUGUCUGCACUUUAGC